AUGACGCAUGAUACACGAGGAUGCCCGAGUAGGGGAAUGAGACCGCAGCACCAACCGGAGCAAAAUCCCCGGCGUGAGGCAGAGGUUGAUCGGAAAAGACAGAGGGGGGCUAAGGAAGAGUCUCCGAAGGCAAAGGGGACUCGAGCGGAAGGCAGAACAAAGCCUCUCGACAGAGCUUCUACCUCAAUCCCAGAACCGAUGCCGCUGCAAAGGAAUUUGUUGUCAGAAUUGAGCGAGGUGGGUGACCAGGGAGCUGAGAAACGAGUUUCUAAAUCUUCUACCAAAGAGUGGGUUCGCAAGUCUUUUAGCCGCAACACGGGUCGAGGAGCGGAGAAGGAGGUGCGUGAGCAGUCCACAAAGCGGAAUGAACCGUCGAAAGUUGUUCCAGCCGUGGAUCGGGCACCGUGGUUUUAUGCUUCGGAGGACGAGGCGGCUGGAGCGAAGGAAGUGUUGGCACAAAAUCGGAAGUGGGAGCAGGCGGAGAACCCAAAUCUAAAUGCCUCAGCGUCGAUUUCCAUGGUGUCGGCGGUGGAGACGCGGCAAGCCGAGAAGACGGUGAUCGUCCCAGAUCAAAAAACGGCGGAAGAACAAAGCUUCUAG